GGCUGUAGCAGUAGCGCCUUUGUAAAAAAAAUUCAACUGCUUAGUUAAUCAAGAUACGUGUUUGUUUAGAUGGAAGACUUGCGUUUAUCUGCAAUUUGGAUAGCGGUCAUUUGUUAUUACGCUAACAAACUAACCUAACGCUUCGGAAUCUUCAAGAACAGUGUUUUUUCCAGGUGUACCCCUGAAUUUCCCUGGAUUAAAUUGUCUUGCUUUCCUGUUAAUUUCGAAGACGCCAUGCAUACUAGAGAGAUCAUAUAUUAUGCUACACAAAUCGAAAGGUUACACAAGGAUGGCAGAUAUGAAGAUGUUGUAUCAUUACUGACCGAACUCGACAACACUUCUAUCGCCUUAGAGCAGAUUCAGACAACGGAUAUUGUAAAGGUCCUUUACAGGCUGCUUAAGUCCUGUCCUGCUGUGAGUGCUAAAACAAAAGCAAAGAGCUUGCUGACAAAAUGGAAGAAGUUGUACAAUUUGUCACAUGCAACGUUACUGAAAAAUAGUGACAAAAACACACGGGAGGACAUGGAAUUAGAGACCCAUAACAUGUCUAAGGUUGAGUUACCAUUAGAAUUUCCAUUUAUAAUUAAUGGAUCUCAACCCUUAAAUGAAAAAGGGAACGAGAAUAAAGCAUGUAACACAAAGCAGCUUGACAUAACAAAGGAUGCAAACCAGGGGAAAUGUAAUAUUGUAUGCUUUAAUGCAUCUCCUAAAAAACUUUGUAUAGCAACUGACUCUGCAGAAUCUCUCCAGCCACAGCUUGAGCAAGAGAGACGCACUCCAGCCGUGGAAUCAUAUAGAUCUGAUACAGAGGAAGAUGCUCAAACCUCAGUUCCUCAAAACACAAAUCAGCACAGAACUAACUGUGACUCUACAGCACUGAGAUCCAAAUGUGUCCAUCUGAUCCUUCAGGCUCUUGGCUCAAAUCAACAAACUGACCCACAUUAUAUAAACAAGCACAAAGCUCUUGCUCAGAACAUUGAGAUGCAUGUUCAUGCUCUUCAUGGACGAAACCAGCAUAAGUACAAGUUUCAUAUUAGGAGCAAGGUUGCCAACUUAAAGAACCCUAACAACCCCCACCUAUGCCAGGGCCUUAUUUCAGGGCAACUGACUCCAGAUGCAUUCGCCCAGAUGUCAGUGGAGGAAAUGGCAGGUGAGAAACUUCGACAGCUCAGAGAAACGUACACCGCUUUGGCCAUCAGUGAGCAUCAGUUACCAGAAACAGUUGAAGGCACACCUACCAAUAAAGUUCGCUGCAGGCAAUGUGGCGGUAUGGAUUGCAAGGUGACUCAAAUCUCACGAGGGACGCUUUUCUUGCCAUCCUGGGUGCAGAGUGGCAGUGCGGAUAAUGAUUCUAUGACUUUUAUGACCUGCGCUAAUUGUGGAGAACAGUGGUACCACAGUAAUUGGGUUUGCCUUUGAGCAAGUGCGUAUAGAUAGCAUCAUUGUUCUGUAUUAUUUGAUCUGUACUAUUGAAGUUUUGUGUUCACAAUUAUGUAAAGAUUGUCAGUUAUGUGGCCUUCAAUUUGCUGCAGUGCAGAUUCAGGCCUGUUUUUGAAGAGAUAAAUGCACCAUAAUAAUAACUAUAAUCUCUUUGUCUAAACACUGGUUUUAGGUAUUAAAGUUUAACAAUUAAUAAGUGAAUUCAUGUCUAUUUUAAUCUAAGUAUCAGUAUGGCUAGACACAUUAUUUUAUGUAGACUUUUUAGAUCUGUUUUAUUUUU